UCUCUUAGGCGGGAGACGGAACUGAGGUGGAAGCUGUAGGAAAGCUGGGCUUGUUCGAACCAGCUUGUAAUCCCAGUAUUCAGGAAGCUGAGGCAGGCUCAGUCAUGAAUUCAAGGCCAUCCUGGGCUACAUAGCAGGACCCAAUCCAAAACCUGGGAAGAGUGACUGGAUAAACCAGGAAGAGGCACUGAAGCUAAGUAGGAGUUGAGUACAUUCGUCUCAGCCUCACAGAAGUGAUAGAGCCAAGAUUUAAAUCCUUCUUAAUCAGUGGCUUGUUAAUAUUAGUACUGACCUUUGGGGCAAGGUGAACACAUGGUUGGACUGAAGAGAAAAGGCUCCCGGUGGCUCAGGAACUUCUUUGCCAACUACAGCAGCUAAUAUUUCAACACUGCACACACCCCUUACCAAGGGCGCUUCCUCAGCCUUCCCAGGAACCAACGGAUGUCUCUGGGUUUCCUAUUUGAUGCCACCCACUGGAUCUGCUUUGGGGGUCUGUAAAUGCAGGGGAACCAUUGGAUAAAAAGCGAUGGAAGAAAAAGCCUCUAAGAGAACAGCAACCUUACCACAGUUCACCAAUUCCCCCACAAUGGUGAUCAUGGUGGGUUUACCAGCUCGAGGCAAGACCUACAUUUCCACGAAGCUCACACGGUAUCUCAACUGGAUAGGAACACCAACUAAAGUGUUUAAUUUAGGCCAGUAUCGACGAGAGGCAGUGAGCUACAGGAACUAUGAAUUCUUUCUCCCAGACAACACCGAAGCCCAACUUAUCAGGAAGCAGUGUGCUCUAGCAGCCCUAAAGGAUGUCCAUAAAUAUCUCAGCCAUGAGGAAGGUCACGUUGCGGUUUUUGAUGCCACCAACACUACCAGAGAACGACGAUCAUUGAUUCUCCAGUUUGCUAAAGAACAUGGUUACAAGGUCUUCUUUAUUGAAUCUAUUUGUAAUGACCCUGACAUCAUUGCAGAAAACAUCAAGCAAGUGAAACUAGGCAGUCCUGAUUACAUAGACUGUGACAAAGAAAAGGUUUUGGAAGACUUUCUAAAGAGAAUUGAGUGCUAUGAGAUCAACUACCAACCUUUGGAUGAGGAAUUGGACAGCCACCUGUCCUAUAUCAAGAUCUUUGACGUGGGCACACGCUACAUGGUAAAUCGCGUGCAGGACCAUGUCCAGAGCCGCACAGCCUACUACCUCAUGAACAUCCAUGUCACUCCCCGUUCAAUCUACCUAUGCCGGCAUGGUGAGAGUGAGCUCAACCUCAGAGGCCGCAUUGGAGGAGACUCUGGCCUCUCAGCUCGGGGCAAGCAGUAUGCCUAUGCCCUGGCCAAUUUCAUUCAGUCUCAAAGCAUAAGUUCCCUGAAGGUGUGGACUAGCCACUUGAAGAGGACCAUUCAGACAGCUGAGGCCCUGGGUGUCCCCUAUGAACAAUGGAAGGCCCUGAAUGAGAUUGAUGCGGGUGUCUGUGAGGAGAUGACCUAUGAAGAAAUUCAGGAACACUACCCCGAAGAAUUUGCACUACGGGACCAGGAUAAAUAUCGUUACCGCUAUCCCAAGGGAGAGUCCUAUGAAGAUCUGGUUCAGCGUCUUGAGCCAGUUAUAAUGGAGCUAGAACGACAAGAAAAUGUACUGGUGAUCUGUCACCAGGCUGUCAUGCGGUGCCUCCUGGCAUACUUUCUGGACAAAAGUUCAGAUGAGCUGCCCUAUCUCAAGUGCCCUCUGCACACAGUGCUCAAACUCACGCCUGUGGCUUAUGGCUGCAGAGUAGAGUCCAUCUACCUGAAUGUGGAGGCUGUGAACACACACCGGGACAAACCUGAGAAUGUGGACAUUACCCGUGAACCCGAGGAAGCCCUGGAUACUGUCCCUGCUCAUUACUGAUUCUUUUCCAAAUAAUGAAGAGAUUGUCAUCAUUGCCUUCUGCCUGUAGGAACUGCUGUUCUUGUUCUCCCUAAGCAAACUCUGGCUUUGGCCUGAGAUUAUCCUACCUCCAAGGAAGAAGUCCGCAGCAGCUCCCAAACAGAUCUUAAUUACUAGCUACAACUAAGGAGCCUACCUGAUAAAGUUCUUUUAAAAUAACUAUUCUCUGAUGAAUAAAGACAUUUCUUCCUGCCUAUAGGACAGGAAGGGGUUAUAAGGCUUUUCCCAUUGUUCUCAACAUCUCUAUUCUAACCCAACUCUGCUGCUGUUGGUGAAGAAUGAAUGGAUGAGGGUGUCUGAGAUGGAAGAAUCCUGGGGUAGCACCCUCAAAGAUGGAAAAGAUAGGUCCUUGUGUUUCCUGUUGUUUUUAUACUUUGGUAGUCAAGGUGUAUUCAUCUUUAUACUCAGAGAAUAAUCCAGUUGUUGGGCCAAGGUCUUCAGUAUCCUCCAACUCUUGCUACCAUUCUGAGUAAUCUCAUUGCCUCUGUUAAUGUUGCCAUCAGCAUCCUCCCUCAAAUUGAGUGUGUCUUCCUCAACUUCAGUGAUUAUCUGUUUUCAUCUGUGGCAUCCUCUUUCUGGGCUAACUUGUCCAUAAAACUGUAUCAUCCUUAAGACUUUAGAAGCACAGCACAUCUCCACACCAUAGGCAUUCAUGUGUUGUUGUUGUUUUUUUAAUUUUCUAAAUUUUCAUUAAUUAUUCACUUUGUACCCUGGCUGUAGCCACCUCCCCCAUCCCCUCCCAAUCCCACCCUCCCUCCCUCUUCUCCUCCUAUGCCCCUCCCCCAGUCCACUGAUAGGGAAGAUCCUCCUCCCCUUCCAUCUGACCCUAGUCUAUCAGGUCUCAUCAGGACUGGCUUCUUUCUCUUCCUCUGUGGACUGGUAAGGCUGCUCCCCUCUCAGGUGGAGGUAAUCAAAGAGCCAGCCCAUGAGUUCAUGUUAGAGACAGUCCCUGUUCUUAAUGAACGGUACCUGCCCUUGUUCAUCAUUAUGUUCCUUUUGAGGACUCCAUUUUCUCCUACUUUAUUACUUUCUCAGUAUUCUUCUGUCCCUAACCAACUUGGACCUAUCUCUUCAGCUACUGUCCAUACACUAACCAUUGUAGGUCAGAUAGUAGGUACCUAACAAUCUUGCUGCCUUUUUCCCUAGUCCUUUCAUCACAAUCACCUAGGAAGAUCCAAGUCUUGAAUCAUCCAGAACUUUUUUUCCCUCUGGGACCUACUAGGGUUGUACAUCACUGCUUGAAACAGAUUUGUCCACUUUUUUUUUAAUUUUAUUUAUUUUUUUUUAAUUUUAUUUUUCUUAUUAGUUACAUUUUGUUAACUCUGUGUCCCAGCUGUAUCCCACUCCCUCAUUCCCUCCCCAACCCCACACUCCCUCCCUGGUCUCCUCCCUGCCCCUUUCCAAGUCCACUGAUAAGGGAGGACCUCUUCCCCUUUCAUUUGACCCUGUUUUAUCAAGUAUCUUCAGGGCUGACUGUAAAGUCCUCCUCUGUGGUCUAACAGGACUGCUCCUCCCCUGGGGGGGUGGGGAGGUCAAAGAGCCUGCCCUUGAGAUACUGUUAGAAAUAGUCCUUGUUCCCCUUACUUUGGGAAACUACUUGGUUACUGAGCCACCACAGGCCACAUCCGAGCAGAAGUUCUAGGUUAUAUCCAUAGAUGGUCCUUGGUUGAGUGUCAGUCUCAGAAAAGACCCUGUGCCUAGAUAUAUUUGGUCCUUGUAGAGCUCCUAUCCUUUCCAUAUCCUACUAACUCCCCUUCUUUCAUAUGAUUCCCUGCACUCUGCCGAGGGUUUGGUUAUGAGUCUUAGUAUCUGCUUUGAAACACUGCUAGGUAGUCUUUCAGAUGCCUUCUGCGGUAGACUCCUGUCAUAGGUUCAAUGCACAUCUCAUUUGUCUUUCUAAAUGAGGAUUGAUCAUCUUCGCCCAUGUCUGCUUUCUUGAUUAUUUUCUUUAGGUGUGUAGAUUUCAUUAUGUUUUUCAUAUCUUGUAGGUCUAUAUAAGUGAGUAUAUACCAUGUUUGUCUUUCUCCUUCUGGGAUACUAUUUGUCCACUUUUACAGCUAUCCUUGAAUCCUGUUCAAAGUCAGGUUCACCCUGUAUUUUCCGGCACCCUGGCCCUUUCCACCAUUUCAUACUACCUCAGUCAAUUCCUAACUCUUCCAUAUCAAUCCCCAGUCUCUCAAUUGGCUCUGGCCCUACACUCCAUACUUAUAUUUCUUUCCUAUCCCUCUUGCUCCCAUGUCCCUUCUUAUUCCUAUAUUCUUAAACAGCUACCCAAAAUUAAUGUGAAUUUUCUAUCCAUAGCUCUAUUUACACUGUACCUCAGGCUUCCCCCUUCCUUAUCUUUGUUCAAGCUAUCAAUUAUUCUUUGGCCUGCCACAUGUUCCCAGAGCUCUCUGACCCAGAGAAAUACCCAACUUUUAGCAGCAGCCCCACAGUCCCCAAAAAGCCAAGUUAAACUCUAGCUGUUCUGCAAACCGAAAACAGCGCGUGUAGCUAUAUUAAAGGAUGGAAUAAAAUCA